AUGAAUGUAAGGUCGUGUAGAGCUGCAUCCAAUUCACCUUCAUCUUCAAAUAGUUCUCCUCCACCAACACCAAAGCGUCAUCGUCCACCAGUACCAUGCUCUUAUGUUGACAGUUUAAGCGAUGUCAAAUGUUCCAAUGAUAACUCAACUCUAUGUUCUCAUUGUAAUCUCUUACUUUGUCCAGAUCAUUUAAGUGUUCAUGAGCAAUUUCAAAAUUUAAAAUUUUGUGCUCAACAAGAAAAAGAUGAUCUAGAACAAUUGAAAAUGCAAACAAAUCGCGAUGAAAUGCAUCAACUUAUUGAUUAUUGGCAAGAUAAAGAAAUAGAAGAAAUUAAACUAAAAUAUGCCACGAAAAAAAGUGAUUUUGAUCGAGAAUAUAGAGAAUUAUGUAAAAAAUUAGAAAAAUCAAAAAUAGAUUAUAUAGCAGAAAUAAAGACAACUAUACUAACACAAAUUGAACAUUUAUCAACGAAAAAUAAUUUACAUUUUGAAGCUGUUCAACAAUUAAAAACCUCAUUAGAAGAUUUAAGUGAAAAAAUUAAAUAUUUAAAAAAAUCAACAUUGUUUACCAUUGAAUAUGAGAAUAAUUCGAUUAAUAUUAAAAAACCAACUGCAAAAGAGUCUAUAAAAAAUGGUAGUCUGGAUGUAACGAAAAUAUUUAGAUUGGAUGAAAUUGAAAAAAUGUUUCAUUCACCAGUUAGUCAAAAAUUUGAACUUGAUACAAUAGGUGAUAAAAAGUUUAGUGGUAUAUUUGAUUGUUCUAAUGAAUUUAUUUUGGUUAAUGAUGUUCAAAAAUUACGUGUUUUUGAUAAAGAUAAACAAAUAAAUGAAUUAAAAUGGAAUGGUGAACAAAUAAAAGAUAUUCAAUGGAAUGAAUUAAUGUCAAAAUUUUUUAUAUUAACAAAUACCGAUUUAUUUUCAUUAUCACCAUUGACAAUGAAUCUAAUUAAAAUUAAACAAAUUAAAAGUAUAAAUGGUGAACAAUUAUCGUGGAUGACAAGUGGUCAAAAACAUUUGUUUAUUAGUCAUUAUGAUGGAGAAUAUAUUCAACAUUGGUCCAUUGAAAAACAACAACAAUCACAGGUAACAGAACCAAAAUUAAAAUUAUUAAAACGAUAUACACGUGAAGAAGAUUUUAGCGAUUAUUGGAUUUAUCGUAUAAAAUUAACACGUGAUUGUGAAUUGAUAAUUAUGAAUGUUUUAAAUGAAGAUAUGGUCGGUGAACAUUUAAUUCAAUUGAGAGAAAUGAAAACAAUGAAAUUAUUGAAACAAAUUAGUAAAGAAUUUAAAAUUUGUUUUGAAUUAGCCUUUAAAAAUGAUCAACAAUGGUUAGUAGUUGAUUGUGAUAAUGAUGAAUAUUAUUUUUAUUUACUCGAUCGAAAAGGAUACGAUAUGAAAAAAGUGGAAUAUAAAUUUAAAAAUGAUGUUUGGUUAAGAAUGUUGGAAAAUAAAUUGGUAAUAUGGAAAUCAGAUGAAAAUGGAGAAUCAAUAUUAGAAUUACAUUAA